GUGGCCGUAGGAAGUUCCGACUUGGCGUAUGUGAAAAAAACCUGAUUAUUUUUUACCCCUAACGCCGAAUUCUUACGCACGGGGCAGCCGAUCAUCGUUUCAUUCGAGCGACCCCCGUAGGUAGGCCCGUCGCAUCCGUUCUUGUCGCGCAGACAGUGCUCAGUGUCAAACGGUGAACGACGCUCGAUCGGCGAAUCGUCUACACCGGGAGUCGGCGGAAGUCGUCGGAUCGCGUUGGCCGCGAGUAGUGCCAUGACAUCGACGCCGUCGCCGAGGAGUGGUCAAACCAUACUCGAUUUGGCCUUAUCCUCAAAGAAGUUAAUAUCUGACUUGAUACCGAUUGAAAGGACUUUAUUGGUUAUUGGGAAUAAAAAUUGUGGUAAAAGCACACUGAUACAUAAGUUUUUUGACAAAAGUGAAAAACCAAAACCUACACUGGCUUUGGAAUAUUCAUUUGCUAGAAGAUCAGGAAAAAGUUUGACAAAAGAUAUUUGUCACGUUUGGGAGCUGGGUGGUGGUCUGGUUUUCAAAGACCUACUAUCGGUGAUAAUCGAAAAAACUAAAGGUAAGCGUUUGAGCGUAGUGUUGGUGUUAGAUAUGUCGAAACCGGAUGUUGUUUGGAGCACCAUGGAAUCGCUUUUAAAAGAAGUGAAAACUCAUUUGAGAAAUAUACCCGGAAUAGAAGAUCGCAAUCCGAUCGAUGUUCUAAAUAUUGAAGAUAAAAAGUACAUGUUAACAUUACCUGUACCACUGAUGAUUGUCGGAAGUAAAUAUGACGCGUAUCAAAACUUCGAGCCUGCUAAAAAACGUGUAUUGUGUCAGUGUUUACGAUACGUGGCGCACACAUACGGAGCUUCGUUGGUUUUCUACGGUUUGAAUGACACAGCUCUUGUAAAACAAUCCAAAGAAAUGAUGUCACACUACGGGUUUGGUACUUCUUAUCCAAAAAAAUGCGUAUUUGAUUCGAAUAGAGCACUGAUUGUGCCGGCUGGCUGCGAUAGUUUUGACAAAAUUGACGAUCAAAAUUCAGUCGGAACCAUAAGAUCGAUGGAAAAGUACAAAAAUCUAUUCGCUUCCAAUUUUAAACAGAUGGCGUUGGAAGUCAGUGAACACUUGUCGAACUUGGAUCCGCUGAAUGAUCCUAAUUAUUCCGAUCCACUAGUUGACGAAUCGUUGAAGCAAAAGCAAGAGGAGCUCAAACUUUUCGUGAAUAGUUACGAAAAAUUUCUGAACACUAAAGACAGCACUUAUAAAAACACUUCUUAAAAAAAACAAUGGAAAAUUAUACAGAACGGAAAUCAUAAUAUGUUGUGUAUGAUUAUGAUGAAAAAAAAAAA